AUGUUUUCAGUUGAAGCGGAAAACACCUUGGGGUAUGUAAAAAAAAAAACGAGUAAGAAAUUUACUCAUGGGGAGAUUAACCGAUUAGACACAGACGAAGCGGUUAAAAGGGAAGGGAAAAGAGUACAUGAAGUGAAUCAUAAUGACCUGAGGAAUAACGUUCCGAUCAUGUUUGUGAGGGGGAUGAAAGUGGGACAGAAAAAGUGCUUAAUGCGUGGAAAUGGGGAAGACAACCCAGACGAAGAAACAGCAUUGAGUGAGGAAGCACCUCCUUUAAGAGUAAAUCUCACAAGUCAAGAGGCUGAUGAAGGUACGCAUUCGACGGUGACGAAAGAAGCGAAUGUGAUAAGUAAAAUUACACCCGUUGGCGAACUUCUUCGGAGCAGUAGCCACGAACCCGCCUGGGAUCAUAACACCUUUCGAAGGGAUAAGAGCGCCAAGAGGUACUCUCUCCCUCAAAGGAACAUCACUCUUGAUUGUGAAAAGAAAGGAAAAACAAAUCUCUUGGUGAGUCCCCUGAAUGAGUCAAAUAACCCUUUCGCAUGUUACCACAAAGGAUGCCAUCGCAGAGGUUGCUACCCCGAUGUUCCUCAUCAACAUUUUGAGCGUCAUAUUAGUAAAACGGUAAAUUUAGCAAAAACAAAAUUGAAAAACUGUGAAGGAAGCAAUUCUGAAGGGGGGAAAUUCACGAAUAGAAAUUACGAAAGUGUCGAAGGAUCUAUGUAUAAGGACUCCCCUUUGGGGAACACACUAGUGAAGAGGGAUGUCACCCACUGGGAUAACAGCCAUUUUUCGCUAUGCAGAAAUAGUACGGAUAGUCCGGAAGCCAAACUAGAGAAUGAUGAAAAUGAAGUUCUCGAAAAUGAGGAGCGGACAAAAGGACAAGAGACCGAUGUGAGCACAGUUAAGAGUGCCGAAUCGGUCGCUGAGGGUGCAACACAUGGGUGGAUCCACGAGGGGGAGAACCAUCACAUAGGGAAUUUAAACAGGGGAGGUGCAGAAACGUUUGACGUGGUAAAGGUGGGGAAUUUCCAUAUAGGAAGCAACUACUCAGAUGACAACAUUUUGGAAUAUAGAAACGAAGAGAAAAAUUGGGAGCACUCAAAAGUGGAAGGAGAAGCAUGUAAGGGGAUAAACAAUGGGAGUGCUAUAAACCCUGUUAUCGUAGAAGGCAAAAGUGAGUCUAUUGGUUCUGAUAUAGUAUCUCCGGAAGGGGGUGAAAUGGGAGGUACAGAAAAGGAGGCCCUUACCUUGAAUAGACAUCCUAUCGCACAGGGAGGCAGUACCCAUGCAGACGAAAAGGAAAGUAAAAGGGAACAAAUCCACAAUGCAUUUCGCGGCGACGGUACAGAGUCACAAACUUUACUCAGCGCCCAUAUAGAGAAGAACAAAAUGUUGCAUUCCCCAAAUGGGGUAAAAAUGAGAACAGAUGCUCGUACUUAUCGCUUUGUUCAUCACAUCAACAGAGCGGAGAAGGUAUAUUCCAAUGUCAGUACAGUAAAUUUUUUAAAAAACAAUGUGAUUUUUUUGAGGAAGAGAAGACGUAACAACGCCUGUAAGAAGGGUAGCAACAGGAGGAGCUGCAGCAUUGGCAGUAGGAAUGUGAACAAAGAAGGGGAUGUGAAGAGUAAACACCUACCUAAGGAACACGGUGUAAUACUGCAUAUGAGAAAUACUUUUUUGCCCGUCCCAAAGGCUACGUCCAUAUUUGUGGAGAAAAAUGAGACAAAUGGGAAGUGCCCAAGUGGGGGGCGAAGGGGCAAUUCUUCGAACGAUAGAGAGAAGGGCGGAAUAGUGUGUGGGGGUGAAAAGGAGCCCACUUCCCCCCAUUUGGAGGGUACAUGGAAAAAGGAGACGUCAUCAAAUAGGCUGAGCGAUGAAAGCAGAUUAACGAUGAAGCAGGGGGGAGGACACCCCCUUGUCGUAAGUGGGUAUAUAUAUGACUUCAAUGAGGGGCGAAGCAGUGGCCACGAAAAAGUGCUGUCAAGUGGAUACUCACAUAAAAUACACACACUGGAACAUCAGUCGUCCCCCUUAAAUUGGAAGUUCGGCGUAAUCGAUGGAGGAAAGGAGGAUAGGCUCAAAGAAGGAAGGUCAUCACCGCACAGCAUAGUAAAUAUUGACGUGGAAAAGAAGCCAUGUGUAGCAGGUGAGGUGGGAAUUAAAACGGAUAAGACAUCAUGGGAGAAGGAAAAAAAUGGUGACAAUGCAUGGAGUGGAAAGGAAGGAAAGAUGCUGCAUUUUACCAGUGUAAAGUUCGGAAGAGAAGGAAAACAGAGUAAUAUUGCGAAGGGGGAGACAAUACAGUACAAGUUAUUUCACGUGGAUGACAUGUUUAGGAAUACCCACUUGGGUGAACCAAAAGGGGGAAAGGAAGCCAAGGGGGGGGACAGAAGAACAAACGAGGCUUAUAGCUCACUUCACCAUUGCGUUGUGACCGCAAAUGACGAGAUGACCACUCGCGUAGAAAUAACUCAGACCGUGGGGCAACAGCAUCCCGUGGUGAGGAGAUCGAAUCAUAGUGACCACAUAAUGAACAUAAUCAGAGAGUCGAAAAAUCAGCAACGAAAUGAUGGCAUGCGAAAUGGUAGCAUGCGAAGUGGUCAUGUUAGGAGCAACAAAAAUGAGUUCUGCCUGAAUGGUACCAAUUCUGGUGUUAUGAGUAUUCCUAAUUGGGAGCCCAGGAAAAACAUUCAAGUUAACACCAACAACCAAAUGUACUUCACCCAUUUUGGUGGAGAAGAUCUGACGAUCGAACCCUUUUGCGAUGACAAAAGAGACAGUGAAGAAAGAUUUGGUCAAGGAGGGAAUAACCCCCCUUUGAAGGAAAGCUUAUUAGAUAGAAUUAACAGAUCUGUUUUCGCGACGAAUAGGAAAAACGAAAUGGAUUACUCCUGCAUUCAGUCAGAAUUGGAAAACAAAAAAAUAAACGAACAUCAUCGCAGAGGGAGGAAGAAGCAAAGUGUGAACGAUGUCUUUCCAUUAAAGAGUGGCAGAACCAUCUACCCCCUCUUUACUCCAAUAGGAAAAGGCAACAAAAUGACGAACAGAAAAGUGUUUCACAUAAGAAAUAAAAGUGUGUACGUGCUGGAAGCUCCACUAGAAAUGAGCCCCACCGUGGCUACUAAUCGGAAAAAUGAUGUUCACGUGAACGAAUUUGUAAAAAAUAAAUUGUUAGCUGAAGGAGGGGAAUGCAAUUUUCUCCCUAAUUGUACUACGCAGAUGAGAGAAAAAUCAGAUGUGGCAAGUUCAAACGGGUUCUACUAUGACAGAAUGAAAGGGAGUAGCGACCCCUAUGUACAUAAUGGUAACAAAAGUGAAGACAAGUGGAGACCUACCUUGGACAACCUUCUUAAGAAUUGCUACAAAGAAAGAAGAAACAAAACAAGUGGUGAGAACUAUACCAAUCAGAAUUUUAUCAUUAACAGGAGUAGGAACAAUUUGAAGAGUCAAAAUAAAGCGUUUGGUAUUAGUGAGGAGAGGACUUCUUAUGCCCUGUUGCCUAACGGUGAGGGGAAUUACACUCAGGACCACAACAAGGAGGAUGUCUUAAAAGGGUGCGACGAUGGCAGAAGUUGUGUCUUAGGUAGAGCUGACCAAUCAGCCACAAUAAACGGAUCGGAAAUUCACGUGAAAAGGGGUGAGAUGGGGAGAACCUACUUCGAGAGGGCGCAUUCGGAAUAUCAUUUAACGAUGUCUGAGGAUAGCGGAAAUGUAAAGGAAUUGACGAAGCAGAAAACAGAGGAAAAAUUAUGUGACAAUAAUAAUAACCGCAUUGGAGAGCCGGCAGAUAGAUUUAAUUUUUUUCAUAGCGAGCAUGAUUUAUUUAACGGGAACACAUUAAGGUUCUAUUUUUCCAAAGGGAAAAACGCCGUGUAUAGUGGGAUUUUUAAAAUAAGGGGCGAAGAUGGGAUAUUCUCAAUUUUUAAAAAUUUCCCCUUUUUCUGGGAAGGGGCGAAAAUGAGUGAUGAGGAGGGGGCCAACCAGGAAUCGAUUUCGUAUGAAUGUAGAUAUAAGGCCCCGUUGGUUUUUCCCCCGUGGGGAAGGAAACUGCGGGAUGUCGCGGAAACGGAUGCGGAAGUUGCGAAGGUUGCAGGGGGUGCAACAGGUGCAGCCGGUGCGGUCGAUGGGGGAUGCACUGGUAAGGAGGACAAGAAUAAUGAGAAUGGGGCGACUGCAGUGAAUUCGGAGAAUGGAGCUCGUGAGGUACAUAAGAUCAUUUGUGGCACAAGCGAAGCGGAGGAGCCCGUGUGUGCAGGAUUCGACGACGAAGCAACGGACGCGAUUGGCCAAAUGGGUAGCAGGGCUAGAAGCUCUAGUAACGGCAGAAGCGGCAGAAACACGUGUAACGAGUUCGUCGGCGGAGAGACAUCACCGGGGGGAGGCAGACAAAUGAGUUCACUGAGUAACCAAAACGACGAAGUGAAUGAUGCAAAGGGGGUGACUCUUACCGAGGAAAACAAGUUCGGACUGCGAAGGGGUGACGAAGAAAGGUUCGAAAUUAGCGCCGACGCUGCAAAGGACGACAUUACAGACGCAGUGUGCGAAAUGAGUGUGAUAGAAGAACAGGAAAACUUGGAGGAACAGAAAGUUGCUUUGUUUGGUAGGGAGCAGAGUGACCCCUUUUUCUGCCGAAAAGAUGGAGAGCUAGGAAUGGCGAACAGUGUCAAUUUGGGAUGCAGCGAAGACCGUGAUUUGAAGAGGCAAAAAUGCGAUUCCACAAGAAGCUCAAAUGAGAUGCUACAGGAUUUCGAGCGGAUUGCCGAAACGAUAAACUUCAUUUUAGAUGAUACCGUGGAGUUUUUUAAGAAAAAUUUGUAUGUGCACAAUGGGUAUGGUUCUGUGAAGGAGUACAAAGAGUACACGGGGUGGUUAGGCGAGAAUACACUGGGUAAGUGGUCUCGCGUGUACAAAAUUAAUAAGGUGGUUUGUAAGGGGGCACACGGCGUGGUGUUUUCCGCAUGGAGAGGGGAGGAAGGGGAUGAUACAGGUAAGCAGCUUGAAGAGAAGACCGAAAAAGACGCAGACAUGGCAGAGGAAACCCAAGCAGGCGAGGGGACCACAGAAGUGGAAGGAGCAGCGGGGGAUAGCAUCGAUCAAACGAACGAUAAGGGCCGCGAUGAAGGCAGCGAUAAGGGCCGCGAUGAAAGCAUCGAUGAAGGCAACGAUAAAGACAGCGAUGAGGGCAACGAUAAAGAAAGCGAUCUAGAUAGCUAUGACGAAGAAAAUUUGGUGACCCUGAAGAUCAUCAACUUGCGCUAUUUAAGUAAAAAAAAUAGUCUGAGGAGAAUCAUGAAGGAGGUGCAUUUCUUGCAAAUUUGCCACCACCCCAAUAUUGUUAAGUACCAUGAAUCCUUUUUCUGGCCUCCCUGCUACCUGGUCAUAGUAUGUGAGUUCCUCUCAGGGGGGACAUUAUUCGAUUUAUAUAAAAAAUGUGGAAGGAUAACUGAAGAUGUGUUGGUGCAUAUUCUAGACGACGUAUUAAAGGGGUUAAAGUAUUUGCAUAACGAAUGCCCCUUAUGUUUAGUCCAUAGGGACAUCAAACCGACGAACAUCGUCUUUUCGAAAAGUGGAGUAGCAAAAAUAGUAGACUUCGGGUCAUGCGAAAAGGUAGAAGAUCUAAAAUUGCAUGAAAUUGUGGGAACUCUUUAUUAUAUUUCUCCAGAAAUUUUGAAGAGAGAAAAGUAUGACUGCUCAGCAGACAUCUGGUCGUUAGGAAUAACUAUAUACGAAAGUGUCAUGUGUGCAUUGCCAUGGAAGGGGAAAAAAGAUAUUGAAGAAUCGAUCAAACAGAUUGUGGAUUCCUCUCCCAAAAUUAAUCUGUGCUCCGGUUUUAGCAAACAGUUGUGCUUCUUUGUCGAGUCCUGUUUGCAAAAUGAUGCUGGAAAAAGGGCAAAGGUUGCACAUCUACUUGGUCAUAAAUUUUUAACGAAGAAGAGACUCCUACGGAGGAAACCGAGUUCCAUUUUCGAAAUUAGGGAUAUUCUCAAAGUGAACAAUGGGAAGCGGAAAAAUAAUAUUUUUCGAAAUUUUUUCAAGAAUCUCUUUUUCUUUAAUGAUAAGAACAGACGGAGAAGGAACAAAGCUUUGAACUCUAAGUCCUGCGAACCGGAAAUGUUUUACCAGAAAUUAAAACGAGAGAACUUUGACUUCUUCGAAAUUAAGUUGCGAGACGAGAACAGCAGGUCUUUGGGACACUUCCACGUGAGUGGGAGGAGUCCGGGGGAACCUGAAAACGAAGAAGACGGCAAGGAAGAAGACAAAAAGGGGAAGGAAGAGCCAAAUGUGCACGACGACGGUGACGCAGAAUGCUCAGAGGGGGGAGUCCAACGGAUGAAAAACCUUUCCUCAAAUUAUCUCGAUUCAAAGGAGGACAUAGCGAAGCAGCCGGGUGCUGCCUAG